AUGGAGAGGUGUGGUAGAGUCACCACGGACAACUGUAGCAGCAACAGCAGCAGCAAGGGGAAGGAGCCAUGGAUGAGCUACACCCACACUGCAAAAGGGGGCCCUCUUCCUGGUAGCUUCUUAGCAGGCUUUUCAUGGCCUCCAAGGUCAUACUCUUGUAGCUUUUGCAGCAGGGAAUUCAAGACAGCUCAGGCUCUUGGGGGUCAUAUGAAUGUCCACAGAAGGGAUAAAGCCAGGCUGAGGCAGUCCCCACCUCCGGGACCCCUACCUUUUGACCUUAACCCUAACCCUAGCCCUGGUGGUGAACCUGUUCCUUUUAGCAGUGCUCCUAAUAUUCCUAACCUCAACAUGCCACCACCUUCGAGUUCUUCUGGGGAUAAGAUCUUCCUAGCACCCAAUACGUUGCCUUCCAUGACUUCUCCUCUGACACAUUUCUCUUUCUCAAGAGGUGAUGACUUGAACAAGAUGGAAACGGUGAAGGCCUUGUUUGGGACCGGAGAGGUGAAGGACCUGAUGGAAAAGGACACGGGCAAUGAGUUGCAACAAGGGAGAGAAGUUGUGAGACUCGAGUUGGAGAUAGGUAUUUGUGGAGAUCGCAAGGAUGAACUUGAUUUGGAACUUCGACUUGGAUACACUUAG